CUCUCUCUCUCUCUCUCUCUCUCUCUCUCAACAAACACACUUCUUUGUAGUCUCCGUUUAAGAUCAAAUCGACGUUAUCUAACGCUGUUAAUAAAUCUGCGUUUCAGUUUCUCUACUCCCUUCGAAUUUUCGGAUUAUCUCAAUUUCCGAUCUGCAAAAUCUCUGUUUUAUGCUGCAGUUGUGGUAGGUUCCUCAUUUGAUUGUAGAAACGAUGAAAAAGCUCUUCUUUUUUAGAUCUUCGGCUGGUAAUGGAACUGAUAAACAGGGUCACUGCGAAAAAGCAGCAGAUAGUAAGAGGAGAACCCAAGCUACUAGUCAUGCUGAACAAGAGUUCCAUAGUCCUAAGUCACAGGGUCAAGUUUCUGGUGGUCCAGCUCUUAGACGAAGCCUUUCAUUGUCUUCGGCAGGUUUCCUUUUUGAUAAGUUUGAAGAAGCUUCCACUAAUGAACUAAGCAGUGCUACUAAAAGUCAGGACAGGCGCCGGAAUCAUUCAUCUCGAUGCUUUACUCCAGAAAGACAAGUUAGGGAAAGGCAGUAUGAAGCAGACAAGCUUCAACAUGAUUCAUCUGGGAGUUCGUCAUCUUGCUCUAGUACUGUCUCUAGUAAAGUUCUGGACCGUUAUAUUGAUGGAGAAGAACAUUUAGAACAGUGUCAGCAAAAGAGUUGUUCUUCGCGCAGUGAUGUCUCUGGGAGUAUAAGCCGAAGGAGGCUUCCUCCACGUGUUCAGUGGACAGUUCCUACAUCACCAUCAGACACUUUCAAUGAAAAAAGGAAGUCCCAGUCAUCUAGAGAAGCUAAAGGCACCCGAUUUCGUGUCUCUUCUGCUGAUUGUGUAGAAAAUGGGCUGAGGCAUGGAUCGCCUCGUUCGCUUGCAAGAAAUGUCAUUGAAAGACUCUCUCAAACUAAUGGCAAGUCAAAGGCGUCAAACCAUGAACCCAUCACAAUUCAAGAUGUCUAUGGUGGAUCCCUUCAUAGAACGUUUGAUUCAAGUUCAGAUGUCACCGCCAAUGUUUCACUGGCUGAACAUUAUGAACCUGUUAACGGAUACUAUGCACAAGACUGCGGAGAGCGCCAGCAAAACUGUAUGCGUGGGAAGAACGCGUAUAAGUGUAUGGAAGACGAUAUGGACUCCGAGCUAGAAAUGAAAAUCAGAGAAGCUGAUAAGAGAGCGAAAUUGUUUUCUGAAGAAUUGGAGCAGCAGAGAUGCCUUUCCGACUGUGACUUCGAUGUUUCAUCUUUGGUUGGCAUAAUUAGAAAACUGGAAGAUGAGAGGCUCAACUUGGCAUUUGAAAAUGUAAAUCUUUUGCGUUCCCAAAUGGUUGAGAGGGCUUCUGCCAGGGAAGAAAUCAGAUGGAUAAAGUCAGAUUGGGACUCCCACAUACAGAGACUAGAGAAGGAGAAGAGCGAGUUGCAGGCUGGAUUGGAGAAAGAGCUUGAUAGAAGGUCAGGUGAGUGGACUUCGAAGCUCGAAAAGUUCCAACUUGAAGAGAAGAAGCUCCGAGAGCGUGUCAGAGAGCUUGCUGAGCACAAUGUCUCACUCCAAAGAGAACUAUCGGCUUUCCAUGAAAAUGAGAUAGAGAACAAAGACAUGAUAACACAUUUGGAGAGAAGAGUUGCUGAGCUGACCACAACAGCGGAUGAAUUGCAUGAAGAGAACUCUUAUGUUAAACAAACUCUCUCCCAGUUACAAGAGAGUUAUGCUGGUGCUACAGAAGAUCUUGAUUUCUUAAGAAGAAACUUUGAAGAGAAGGAUCAAGAAUGCAGGGAGUUGCACAAGUCAGUUACAAAGUUUCUCAGAACUUGCAAAGAACAAGGGAAGACAAUCGAGGGACUUCGAGAUGGUGUUUUGGAGGAGGGUAAGAAGCAACCGUCGGAGAAAUUGGACCAGUUGGUAAAAAAAUUGCAGGUUGAGCAAAUAAGGUUGACAGGGAUUGAGCUUUCACUUAGAAGGGAAGUCGAAUCAAUGAAGUUUGAAACUGACUCGCUUCGCCAUGAGAAUAUUUGUCUGCUGAAUCGGUUGAAGGGUAAUGGUCAAGAAGUAGACAUUACAAUUCUCAAGCUAGAGAAUGAGUUGAAGAUGCGUGUCUGCUACUUGCAAGACCAAGGACUGUCAAUGUUAAAUGAGAGCAGCCAGCUGUGUUACAAGUUACUGAAAUUCAUCAAAGGGAAAUUAUCUCAGUUUCCUGAAACCUCCUAUCAGGAUACGAAUUCAGUGAAGGACGGAUUAAGUGAGCAGUUUCUGAUAGAGUCUGAAAUGAAAGUCCAUGGAAUAAGACGCGGAACUGAAAACCUGAAGAGGAGUUUGCAAACGGUGACCAGUGUGGUAGCUUCGAAUUCAGAAUCAUGUUGCUCAAGUACCGGUAGGCCUAAGGAACAAAGAAACCAAUCAGUUGAAGACACCCUGCGAGCUGAACUGAAAGCUGAGACCCUAAUCACAAGUCUAUUGCGGGAGAAACUGUAUUCCAAGGAACAAGAAAUUGAACAGCUGCAAGCAGAACUAGCAGCAGCAGUACGAGGUAAUGAGAUUCUGAGAUGUGAGGUCCAAAGCAGUUUGGACAACCUAUCAGUUACGACGCACGAAUUGAAAGACCUCAAACAUCAGGUGUUGAAGAAGGAGGAAAGCAUAAACCGGCUCGAAAGCAAUCUCCAGGAAGCGGCAAAAGAGAUAGCGAGGAUGAACGCACUAUUACCAAAAGUGUCUGAUGAAAGAGACCAGGUAUGGAGAGAGUUGAGACAACGGUGUGAGAAGAAUAUGUUGUUGAACUCAGAGAACGAGAAUUUGAAAGGGAUGGUAGAGAAAUUGGAGGAGAAGGUAUUAGAGAAAGAAGGAGAGAUCACAAUACUACAAGACACUAUCGGAAGCAAGCGUCUCAACCUCCUCUCAAGUCCUGAUUUCUUGGUCUAAGAGAUUUCUUUUCUAUUUUUCUUGUUCAUAUAUAAUUUUCAGAGUUUUCCAGAAUUUGGUUUUUUCUUUUCACACCUUAUAUCAUUGUUUCUUAGAUGAUGAUGGGUCAAUUCUUUUGGGGUUUAUAGGUAUGAUUCUAUCCUUUUUUUUUAGUUUUCUUUGCUUAUCUCAAAGCUGGAUUCUCAAGUCUCAGAUUUGUACUUUAAAGGGGAUUAUAAAAACUUAGGGAUGAAGUUUAUAUAUGAUUAAAGAAAGUUUGUCAAA